UUGUCCAAUGUACUCUGUUUUAAUAAGAUAACUUAAAUGCUUGCGAACCAGCGGACAUAAAUCAGUCCAGCUUGUGAUAAAUGCAACAAGAUUUGUUAUGAAUUCACUUUUUACAUUUUUCGUGUUUUUAAUAAAAAACUGAAAAUAAUGUAUUUAGCAAAAGAGGACAGAAUGGUUAUCCUAGUAGCUAAGUUCAUAAUUUCUUUACAAAACUCCCCAAACAGCUGUUCUGGUGGCAGGAGGACAGAAAACGGUUUGCUGCUACAUCAAACAGCCAAUCGUAGGAGAGCCCCUCUAGCCAAUCAGAGGCAAGAAAGGCGGGAUCUUCCUUGGACAUCCUACGAUUCCAAAUGACGUGACAAGCCGAAGCAAGCGGUUUGUUUUGAUGAAAUGAGAGUGUAACUUUUCGACGACCUCACUAGGUCACCAAAGAGGUCUCUACAUGGAGGAUCAUCUGAACAACAAAUAACUGUUCCAUCAGGACCCUCAUAGAGUUCUCUCUGCAGAUGUGUUCACUGUCAUACCUGCAGAAGGGGGCGUUGCCAGGUGUGGGAUCACCUUUGCACCCUCCUGGCUCCUCAGUGUGUGUCUGAUCCCUUGAUUUGAUGCUUCUUCAGGCUGUUAAUUGAGAAGAAUCCAGCUGAGAGUCAGAAGUUCUUUCAUCGUCUACAUUUGGACCUUCUGUGACGGUACUGACUGGCCUCUGCCAGGUGACGACUUACGGGACAGAACAUGUGGAGUGGUCCAGAUUGCCAUGGAGACACUUGAUAAAAAUAAGGAGAAUGGGGUGACACUGGGCCUCUCAACAAACCAAGCUCUGAUGAAGCUCAGAGACCAGCUCAGCAGCCUACUGCAGCAGCAUCAGAGAGAGACGCGGAGGCGAGCCUCUACACUACAAGUGUGGGUGAAUAGCCUCCGGGACAUCCUGCACCAUGGGAAUCGCCACUCCUGUCUUCACUGGCUAGAAGCUGUUUUCACACUUCUGGUGGUUAUGGGACUCAUCUGUUGCCAUGGCAGCCAGCCUUGGGGCAGUUCUGGCAUAGAGCUGGUGAAUGCUGCAGCUCUGCUGCUCCUCCUCCUGUUGAACCUGCUGCUGGUGAGUCGUCAGGAGAGGCUGAAGAGGAGUGAGAUGGUGCGGCGCCUCAACGGCAUCAUCACACAGCUGAGUGACUACCUGUCAGGGGCUGUGGGUGAAGUGCGAUGGCCUCCAUCUCUUUACCCAGACCUGUUCACUCCCUCAUCUCCAUCCUGGUCUCUUCACUGGACCUAUCGUGAUUCCCAGCUGGUCAACCUACCUGUCAGUCUGCUGGUUGAGGGGGACAUCAUCGCCCUGAGACCUGGACAGGAGGCCUUUGCUUCUCUCAGAGGCAUCAAGGAUGAUGAGCACAUUGUUUUAGAACCAGGGGAUUUAUUCCCCCCCUUCUCCCCUCCACCUUCCCCUCGGACCAAGAACAGAGGACCCCAGAACCCCCAUCAGCACCGUCUCUUCAGGGUGGUCCAAACCCCAGUGCUGGACCACGUCCGGAACAGUCUGGAGCUGGCACUGACCCGGCCUGUCUCUGUGCUGGAUAAUGAGAGGUUUACGGUCCAGUUUAUCAUCUCUAAGCGAGUCUUUCCCGUUGUCUUGGUGGCGUUCCUGCUUCUGAACACAAUCCGGUACAUCUGUGGAGCUCCGAACCUCACGCCCACCUUCUACAACUUCAUUCAGCUUCAGGUGAUGGGACUUCUGCCCAUCCUGCCAUUGCUCUUUCCCUUCAUGUGGGUUCUGGUGAAUGCCUUUGGAGAAGCCAGAGUUCUAGCUGAAUUCAGUCGUGCAUCAUCAUCUGGCUUGCUUGCUAAGUUCUCCGAGGACACAUUAAGCAGCUACACCGAAGUUGUUUCCUGGCAGGAGAUGCUGAGGUGUGUGUGGAGACACCUGGUUGGUGUCCUAAAGGGACAAUCCCAGAUGCUCUGCUACACGUCCAGCCUGCUCCACACCCUGGGUUCUGUCACUGUGCUGUGCUGCGUGGACAAACAGGGUAUCCUGUCCUGGCCAAACCCCAGUCCUGAGACUGUCCUGUUCUUCAGUGGACGAGUGGAACUGCCUCACAGCAGCCAGGACAACCUCCGAGAUGACCUGUCUGUCAACUCCUACUGCCAGAUGGAGACCGAGGAUGACAGAGACCAGGUCCAGGAGGCAGAGGCUCUGCUUUGUUUGCCAGAGCAGACCUCCACAAAGCUGUCAGAACCUCUUGAGCCUAGUGAGAUGUCACAUGACCCACCUCUGUCUUCAGAAACACUUCCCUUUUGCCAGCCUGCAUGUUCUGGCUCAAAGCAUCACUCUGGGUCAAAUGUGAGCUUCAGCCACAACAUGGAGGGUGCCGAGGACAACCAAGUCCAGGACUUUGCUUUGGACUUCCUCAGUGCGGAGGCUGAGGAUUUUGUUUGUGACUACCACCUGGAGAUGCUGAGCCUAUCUCAGGACCAGCAUAACCCAGCAAGCAUCCAGUUUGAUGACCUGUCCUGGCAGGGCCACUUACCCUCCUUGAAGCCUUUGGGUCUCAACAUCAUGUUGAACCUGUGUAACACUAGUGUCACCCAGCAGCUUUGCCAUUUCUCAGACCACCUCUCCAACCUGGCCCUGCAGGAGAGCCAUGGUGCUGUCCUGCCUGUCUAUGUCCCUUGGGGGCUGUGUGAGCUCUCCAGACUCAUAGGUUUCACUCCUGGUGCCAGACAGCUCUUCAACCAGGAAAACCACCUGGCUCUGUACCAGUUACCGUUAGGACAGAAGAGGAAGGAGUUAACGUCUCACCGCCUUCACUACUUCACUAAGCGCCAGCCCCCCAUCUCACACCUCAUCUCCCUGUGUGUCCGUGAUGUGUCCUCCAAUAAUGUCCAGAUGCUGUCUCAUGGUUCUGCUGACCUGGUCCUUGAGGCCUGCUCAGACUUCUGGGAUGGGACUGAUAUCUACCCCCUUUCAGGCUCAGACAGGAAGAAGGUUCUGGACUUCUACCAGCGAGCGUGUCUGUCUGGUUACUGCUCAGCCUUCUCCUACAAGCCCAUGCAGGUAACCCUGUCCACCCAUCUGGAUGGAAAGUGUGUGGAGCUAGCUCCUGGUCCCUGUCUGUUCUCUGGGGUGGAGCUGCCCUCCACCACUCCCAUCAAACAAGGCUCCUGCAGGAAUAGCUGGAGUUCUGAUGAGGGGAUUGGUGAAGGUGUGGAGCGGGAGGACUGCGUUCAGGCUCUGAGUGGACAGAUUUUUAUGGGAAUGGUGUCCUCUCAGUUCCAGGCCAGGCUAGACACAGUUCGCCUCAUUGAUGCUCUGGUGGCCGCUUGCAUCCGCUUUGUGUACUUCUCCAUGGACGAUGAGCUCCGCAGCAAGGUAUUUGCAGAGAAGAUGGGACUAGAGACAGGCUGGAACUGCCACAUCUCUCUGACUCCUAAUGGGGACAGUCCCUGUGAGGGAGUGCCAUCCAGCCCCAGUCAUGGUUCUCUGCAUGAAGACGCCCACCAAGAUUCUCGAGAUGAAGCUGAGGGUCCUCUGCUGCAGGAGGAGGAGGGCCACUCAGACAUGGCCAGUUUCCAGCCCACAGACAGUGAUGUUCCCAGCUUCCUGGAGGACUGCAACAGAGCCAAGUUGCCCCGUGGGAUUCACCAGGUCCGUCCUCACUUGAAGAACAUUGAUAACGUGCCUCUUCUGGUGCCACUCUUCACUGACUGCACCCCCGACACCAUGUGUGAGAUGAUGAAGAUCAUGCAAGAGAACAGGGAGGUCAUCUGCUGCCUGGGAAGCUCUGCCAAUUUCCGUAACAGUCGUCUGUUUCUGCAGAGCGACCUCAGCAUCUCCCUAGACCCUCUUUAUCCAUCCCAGUGUUCCUGGGAGACCUUUGGCUAUGCCACUGGAGGCAGACCUUCUGGAGACAUGGAAGGGCUGUCUCCUCUGAUGCUGUCUGGACAGCUCAACAGCCUGGGCUGCUCUGUCUGCUUCCACCAGGGAGACAGCGUCAGCAUGGUCAAGCUGAUCGAGCAGGCUCGCCACACGACCUCUGGCAUCCGCAAGUGCUUCCUGUUCCUGCUGCAGUGUCAGCUGAGUCUGGUCAUCAUCCAGUUCUUAGCUUACCUGGUGCAGCUUCCUCCUCCCAUGAACACCACCGACAUCCUCUGGGUGUCCUGCUUCAGCUGCCCUCUGCUCAGCGUGUCUCUCCUGGGCAAGCCGCCUGACAGCUCCGUCAUGACCGUCGCCACUGGGAAGAACUUGGAUUCAAUCCCAAGGAAGACACAGAACUACUUCCUGGGCUGUUUCGUGCUGAAGUUUGGCCUGACGGUGUGCACCUACCUGCUGGUGUUUGGCUUCACUCUGCAGGCCUUCUGUCCCAUGGGCACUAACGGGACCUUCACCAACGCCUCCACGACCUGUGGUUCCGUGUUCACUGCCAGCUCAUCGGAGCAGACCCUUCAGUGGUUCGGAGAGCUAUCCAACGGCCUGCUGCUCACUCAGAAACUGAUGGCUGGCUUCCUCGUGCUACACACAGUGGUGAUCUCCCUCAGCUAUGUGCACCGCUCUCAACCGCUCUGGAGGAAGAGUCCCUUCAGCAACAGCUGGUGGUGUCUCACGGUCCCUGUUGUACUGCUGGGCCAGGUGGUUCAGGCUACGCUGGACUUCCAGCUGUGGCAGAACCAGAGCAGCAUCCUGACGUUCCGCCUGGAAAACAUCCCUCUGGAGGCCUGGCUGCUUGCAUGCUUGUCUCCUCUUCUGGUGGUGAUGGUCAACGAGGUGAUGAAACUCCAUGAGAUCCGGGUUCGAGUUCGAUACCAGAAGAGACAGAAGCUGCAGUUUGAAACCAAACUGGGGAUGAACUCUCCUUUCUAACGUUGCCUUGGACUGGUGGGACUGGGAACCAGCAGCUGCUGCUCAUCGGUCUGGUCCAACCAGAGGUUCCACAGGAGCUCCUCUCAGUCUUUUAUCCAGUCCUUGGCUGGCAGCAGCCUGUUCUACAGACCGGCUCUGAUGCAGUCCACCCUCGGUGCGUCCGCCUGCUGGAGCCGCUCUGACCCACGCCCAGCAGCCUGCUCUGUCAGCAGCCCACGCUUUGGUACGUUGGCUAGUUCUGUGUUAGUCUGGAGGAGCCAAAGUCCUUCCUGUCCAGAUCACUGGGAUUCUGAUCCACAUCCUGGAAUGUCGGGAUGCUUCCACACAUGCUGCUGUUUAGUUGAGCCGGCUUCUCCUGCUCCUGGUGGACCUGGAUCUGAUGGGAGGUUCUACAGCUGCUCUAUCUGAGUCCAACACUGUCUGGUGAACCCAUGAAUUCUGCUACAUGAUUUAACACAGCUGGGUUCUGGUCCACUCUAGGCCAUAGGGACUGGUUCUGGACUGAAGCCCCACACACCAGGUGGUUCUUGUCUCCAUCACCAAGCUUCUGGCAGAGUUCUGGUUGGUCUUUGCCUCCUCUUGGCCAGGCAGGACCACCCCAGGAGCUUACUGUCAUCCAAUUCAAACGCAGUUUGACGUUUGCGGGUCAGUGUACUGAGCGGUGUCGGGUUCUAACACCUGCUAGGUCCGUCGGCAGCAUUUAUUUACAGGUUGUGAAUACUUGUGAGAUCUAUGACACCAGCUGUUUUUAGAAGCACGAUGGUUCAGCCCAAAUGAAUGUGCUGCUCCGGUCUGCGGUGGUGUGGUUCUGAAACCACCAUCAAGUCAUGUUUUAGGGUUUCCUUUUCUGUUCGUUCAUGCAACUGUGCCGUCUGAGUUCUUGGCGAGCGUUGCUCAGACCACUGGAUGUGUUUGGACCUUGUGCUUAACUCAUGGAUCUCGUGGAAGAUCUGCUGUGCCACCGGGUGCAAGUGGUGGCUGAAUACCCACAACGUUCACACGACUCUAAGUUGUAUGGUUGGGAGCUUUUAGCCAAAUUCUUUGUGUACUGAUAGUUUUCUGUAAAUAAAUGGUGUUUUGGGG